AUGAGCCUUCUGGAGAAGUUAGUCUCCAGCACGUGGGACUGGCGAUGGAUCACCACGGUGCUGGUAUUUGUAAUGUCCUACUUGUUGGGCCGCUUCUACCACCGAGUGUCCAAGUACCCUAGAGGGCCCUUCCCGCUCCCACUUGUGGGAAACCUGCUGGCACUUCGCAAUGUUAAGGACCUGCACUCGAAGGCGACCGAACUGACCAAGACGUACGGUAACGUGUUCACCCUGUGGAUGGCCCACAAGCCCAUGGUGAUCCUGAAUGGCCAAGCUGCCAUUCGGGAAGCGUUUCUCGAGGGGAGACACGAGUUCUCCGGACGCUUGCAGACGAAACUGGGUGAAUUGGAAACUCAGGGAAACCAUGACAUCUUAUUCGAAGACUACAACCCACGAUGGAAGGCGCUUCGAAAAGUCGCACUUCUGGCCGUCAGGAAGUACGCCGUGAGUGAGCCCUUGGAGACGCUAUGCGCCGACGUUGUUGACGCCUACGUGGACUCCUUGCCAAACGGGCCUCAGAUCAUCGACUCGAGAAAGCCUUUCUUCUACUUGCUCUACAAGGUGAUAGGAGUAUCCGUCUACGGCACAAAGCUGGACGAAGCGGACAAGGACAUCCGGCGCUUGGAAGCGAUCGACAACGAUUUCUUCGAGCUGGCGCCCAAUGGACUUCCGAGCGACAUCGCACCCUGGUUAGCAUUCCUGUUCCGAGGACGGGAGAAGAAGCUCAGAGAACUGUUUCACGAGUUUAGGGAGAUUGUCGACAGGCUUUUCAGAAAGGCUGAAGCCACUUACGUACCAGGCAGGACUGAGAACUUCACGCACGCCAUGCUUGCUGCUAGGGAGGAAGCUAUCCGAGAGGAGAAGGGAGACGCCGAACACCUGACCAAAAGAAACAUGGUGCAGGUUCUUCUGAACAUAUUUGACGCUGCGACAGACACUUCGGCUGGAGAACUACAGUGGUUGUUUCUGAUGCUGGCCAAAGAACCGAGAAUACAAGAGAAAAUCCAAAAGGAAAUUGAGGACAACAUUGGGACCAGACCACCGGUCUACAAUGAUAGGUCAAAGCUUCCCUAUACUGUGGCCUGCCUGUUGGAAGUGCUUCGCUUCCGACCCAUAGUUCCACUUGGUAUACCCCACAAGACGACUACGGAGACCAAAGUUGGGGAACUGGUCCUACCGAAGGACACCGGAAUACUGUACAACAUUUACAGCGUAAACCAUGACUCCAAGUUGUGGGAGAGGCCGGAAGAAUUCAGGCCCGAACGUUUCCUGGAUUCGACCACUGGAAGACUGCGCCAGGACCCCAGCCCUCUGAUAACCUUCGGCAUAGGUCCCCGGGCGUGUCCAGGAGAGAAACUAGCACACGUGGACAUGUUCUAUAUCCUCGUGCGACUCAUGCAGAGACUCACCUGCAGCGCAUCAGAAAAGCCUUCAGAUGUGGACCUCAUUAGCAAUGACUCCAGCAUCAUGUUGUUGCCCAAAAAGCAAAACAUUGUGCUCACAAAAAGGCAGUAG